UUUGCCAAAACGCUCAGAUAUUUCGAAAACAUGACACACAAUAUUUUAUGGUAGCAGCCCUGGUACUUAAUUGCAUAUGCAUAGGUUUGAUAGAAAAUCGAAUUGAGUAAAGAAAUUAAAUUCUAAUCUGUAAUAAGAAAUAAUUUAUUUUAAUUAGUUUAUAAGUCAGCUUACUAAUUAAAUGCAUUGUUCAUUAACUGCAGUUUAGUGUUAUGAGAGAUUGUUAAAAAAAGUGUUUAUUAAAUAGUUAUGGUCGAUUCUUAUCGAAAAGAAAUGUGUAGUGGUGGACGUACUCGAAAAGUUAAAUGCGAAACAAUAAAGGAAAAAUUAGGACUUUAUUUCAGACACCGAAAUUACAGUUGCUUUGAAAAAAUUCUUAAGACGGAUUGUACCUUUUCACAAACUCGGAAACAGUUUGUGUUCAAUCAAAUUUUGGAGAAUGACUUCUCUAGAAAAAAUUCGUUUUCAUAUUCAAACGCUAUUUAUUUUACUAACAAUUUUUCGGGAGUGGAUGUGCAAUUUGGAAAGUUUGUAGACUUCGUAGAAUCUCAAGAAAAUAAAUACAAAUCAGAAUUACGAAACUUGUAUGGCCCAUUAAUAUGCCACUUAUAUAUUGAACUAAUAAAAUGCAAAGAGGGAAAAGUCGCAGUUGAAUUUUUGAAGAAAUAUGUUUCUUUAAUUUCUCAUGUGGAAAGAUAUGAUGCACCUUUGCCAAAUAAAGUUAAUGGUUGCUCAGUAUCUGGAAAUAUGGAUGAGGAUCACUUGCUUCCGUCAGCUUCGAGCAGAAUUGUAUUUUCUAAAGAAAGCACAGAAAAUCCAUUAAAAGAACAUUUUAAGUUCUUAGUACAAUCAUUGUCUACUUGCUUGAGAAUCGAAAAUGUGGAAUCAAAUGAAGCAUUACUUUUAUUUCGUAGUUCGAAAUAUGAGUUGGAUAUGAGCAUAAGAAGCUUGGUACUGCUACGAAAGUUUUUAGAAAGUCAAGGACAUGUAAUUAUAGUAAAUAUUUUGCAAUCUUGGGUUAAUAUUGAAGUUCCCGAAUUAAAAGAACAAGAAAAAGAGGAGGGUGAAAUGUUAAGAAUAUCUCCAAUACUGGGAGAGUGUUGUACGAGUUUAAGUGAAAAAAAAAUAAAUUCAGAAAAAUAUAUUCCUAAGGAUAGAAAGAAUGACAAUUUAAACGAUAAAGUGAAUAAAAAAUUGUUAAAUAAUUAUGUAAGGCGAAUAAAACAUGCAACAACAAAACUACAAAAUAUUGAUCAACCAACUAGAAAUUUCAUAAUAGUCGAUAAAGAAAACAGUUUAAUUUGUUCAUCAAUUGAAGCCAAUGAAUGUCAUAUUGCUGGUGGUUUUGGUAACUCAGUUGUAAAGCUUUGGCAUAUUAACCAAGAUGUAGUCCUAGGGAAAAAUUUAUAUUCAAAAACUUUAAUUAACUGUCCUUGGAAUUCACAAAUAAAGGAAAAUUUUGCUAUAUCAAAAAUGUCUAAUGGUGGAAUGUUACUCAUGGGACACACUAAUGGUGUUACUGAUAUACACUUUUCCAAAGAUAAUUCUGCAAUUUUGACGUCUUCGAAAGACAAGAGCAUGCGAUUUUGGAAAAUAUAUGGUGACGAAUCAAUAACGGAAAAAUUUAUUGGUCACAAUCAUCCUAUUUGGUGUCUUAGUGAAAGUCCUAUAACCUCGUAUGUUGCUACUGGAUCUAAGGAUUUAACUGCAAAAUUAUGGUCAUUGCAUCGAAAAUAUCCAUUAAUAACAUAUGUUGGACACGCAGAAGACGUAGAAAGUAUCGCUUUUCAUCCAAAUGGCAAUUAUGUUGCAACCGGUUCUAGUGAUCAAUCUGUACGGCUAUGGUCUGUUGCAACCGGGCGGUUAAUUCGAGUUUUUACUGAACUAAAGUUUGCUGUUUCUAAAGUAUCGUUUAGCCCAGAUGGAAAAUUUUUAGCUGCCGCCGGAGAAGCAAAAGUGAUUCAUAUUUUUGAUUUAGCAGCUGGCUCUACAUUUUUGGAAUUUAAAGAGCAUUUGUCCGAGAUAAUUGAUAUUUGCUGGAGCAAUGAUGGAAAGAUAUUCGCUACCGCUUAUGCAGAUGGAUCCAUUCGUUUGUGCGACAUUACUAAAUCAGAUUCUAAUAAAUUAACCGGUAACAAACUUAUAUGGGGGUUGAACAGUGGAAAUAAACCUAUUAAAUUAUCUUUCAAUUUGUUAAAUAUGGUCACACUAAUAGCUGUGAAAAAGGAAACAUGAAAUUUAGUUGAUGGCAUUACCAAUAAUUUAUCUGAAUAAAUAAUAUAACCUAAUUGAUAUGUGUAUGUACAAAAGAAAAAUGUGUUCACUUAUUUACAACUGUUUAUCAAUUUUACUCAAUCACCAUUGACUUUAAUUGACAAAACUAUGAUUAAAUAGGAAACAAAUUUGUACGCCAUCAGAUUAAUAUUAAUACCGGGGUUUUCG